AUGCGUCUCAAAAAAUUUUACUCACGAUCUUUCCAUCAAUCUGUUCGCGACAAAUGGGGAACAUGGAAUGUUUUCAGCUCUCAAUCAUCAGACCCAUUGAUUAAAAGUCGAGAGAUCUUAUCUACUCGUCUAUACAUCACUCUCGUGAUCAUUUCUUUCAUCACUUUAACCACGUAUACGAUGAUUAUCGAUCGGAUCGAGAACAAAAGUGUGCCAUUUCCAAGCCAAUCCAAGUACUUAGCCUUGCAAAAGAAGUAUGCGAAUAAUCUUCAAUGUUCGUGUACUGGAAUCGCAAUUGUACACAAAAACUUUGUCGAAACAAGACCGAUAUUUCACCAGGUGUGUUCAAGUGAAUUUCUUUCGCAACAAUGGAUCGAUUUGGUGUUCAAAGUGGAUUCAACCUCUAUUUAUCCAAUUGAUCUUCGAACAAGUUUAAGUGCAAUGUGGCAAUUGGUUCGAUCGUUCUGUCAAAGUGCAAACACUGCAAUUCUGGACAUACUCAAACAAUUUCAUAAUUCACCAUUGCUGAGUUCUGUACUGUUGACAGAAGAGUUGUUGAAAGCAUCAGUUCAAGCUACUUUACAUUCGUUACGGCAAAGCAUAUCGUCGAGUUUUAUUCAAUCGGUGAUUAUUCCACAAAAAAUGGCGCAAGCCAAUCAACUGGUAACAGCUUUAUCAACAAACUAUAUUCCUGUAACAAAAGAAUAUGGGGAUAUAACUGAGCGUUAUCCAUCUUAUGACAUUGGAUCCUUGGAAGUAUCGGCUUACAUUGGAAUGUUCGAAAAUAAAUUUAUAUUACAAAAUUCAUCCGUAGCUUGUUCUUGUAAGAACAACGUCUCUUGUCCUCUACCUGGCAGUUUUUACAACUACAGUGGGUUAGACAAACUUGGCACUUAUGACAUGAACAAAAUUCAACCGGUUGCUACAUUACCGGGCCUUACCAUCGAUUGUUUACCAAUUCAAUCGACAUUUUUGUCGACAUUAGAAUGUUUCUACAAUCAAACAUGUUUAGAACUUCUUCUCUCAUUUUACUCAAUUCACACCAAUUUUUCCGUUCUCAACAAAAUUUUACCGAGUCGUUUUAACUUAACUACAAAAAUCGAAUAUCUGGUCAGCGAACUUUUUGUGGAGGAAAUUUUCAACGAAAUAAACUACAGCAAAUAUUAUGCUGAAUGCAAGCCAAAUAUCUGUCGCUAUAGUUAUUUAAACCGCUUCAAUUGGCUUUAUCUUAUUACCAUUCUUCUUGGACUUUUUGGAGGUAUAACAGCAGUAUUGCGCAUCGUUACUCCAUAUGUCAUUCAGAUAUAUUUCUUUAUAAAAGCUCGUUUAUGUUCGAAACAAGCACGAAGUAUUCGCGACGAUCAAAAUGUCGUCUCCAAUCAAAAUCGAUUAAGAAAUCUUUUCCAGCAAAUUGAAAGUCAAAUCAUGAAUUUGAAUAUUUACUCGAGUAGUUCGCAAGAUCAAACUCGUAUGUACCGUGACGUUCUCUCCACCUGGUUAUACAUCAUUCUAUUAUUAGUUACCAUCUGUAUAAGCAUUUUCUAUUCCGAUUUGUCAUCUCAAAUAGUAAAAGAAACCAUUCCGUAUCCAACCAUCGAACAAUAUACAAAAUUAUACCAACAAUAUUCAACAGAUUUAGUAUGUCCGUGCACAAACAUAUCAAUACCUUAUGGUAAAUUCUUGACAGUUCAAGUGAAAUAUCAUCAGAUAUGUUCGAGUGAUUUCAUUCGAUCCUGGUGGUAUGAACGUUUUACGCCUAAAACAUCUCUUGAUAUUGAAAUGAAUUUCAUUUCGUUCGCUUCGUCAUACUUUCAAACGUUAGCUGCAUUUUGUGAUCUCGCGAAUGAUACAGUACAAGAUGUCAUUCAACGAUUUUUGACAACGACUUUUGUUGAUGCACAACUCAUAUCCAACGAGACAUUUACUUUGACUUUUCAAUCUCCAAUACAUUCCCUAAUGGAAUUAACACGAAUUGAAUUAGCCAAUGCUAUCUCGCUAGCGAAUACUACGUUGCAUGGUAACCAUUAUUUAAGUAACAUGAGAACAAGCACUUCUCUUUCGCCGCAAUUGUUCCGAAUCGAUGGAAAAUAUUCAAUACGUAUAAUCUCUUCUCAACUGUUUAGUGUUGACGUAAAAAAACAAGUGUGCUAUUGUAUUUAUGACUCGACCUGCACAGUGGAUUAUAUGCUAAUGCUCCAGUCGAUAUCCACGAUUGUUACCUGGCAACUUGAAGGGAUACAUGGAGGUUGUACGGUGAUUGAUUCGGUAUUGAAAUCAUCAAUGAUGUGCUGGUUUAAAAAAGGAUGUGUAACUCGAUUGCAAAUACAUAAUUCAAAUAAGAACACGUCGAACGCUUUGCCAAUAAGGUUACUUGAUCGAAAUUUAUCUAGUCGAUAUUCUCCGGAUACACGAAUUGAAAACAUUGUAAAUGAUAUUAUGAUCGAAGAUUGGAAUUUCUCGCAUUCAUUCGACAAAUUUUAUCACGAAUGCAAACCUAUGUCUUGUACAUUCACUUACGAGAAAAAAACGAAUGUUUUCUACAUCGUUACGGUUCUUGUUAGCCUUAUUGGGGGAAUUAAUAUCAUUCUUCGAUGGUUUUCUUUAAUCAUUAUCACCAUCGUUUUGAAAGUCAUCGUUGCGUUCAAAUAUAAACGAUUAAUGCGAACAGGAAUCGUAAAACAAGACGAGAGCGGAAACAGUGGAAUUAGAGGCAAGAUUAUGAUUGUUUUGCAUGAGUUAAAAGAUACCAUUUUGAUGUUAAAUAUCUUUCACAAUAAAUCGAAUGAUAUCGAGUCCAUUCGUCGUCAGCGAAUAUCAACACGAGUUUACUUAGUCAUCUUUUCGAUGUCGGUUUACAUUAUAGCUGUCUAUUUUAUAUAUUCCAACACCACGGCAGUCCAAUCGGUACAAAAACCUUCAGAAGAUGAAUAUGACAAAUUGUUCAUGUCGUAUGCGAGUUCGUUGGAUUGUCCUUGCAGGAAAAUAUCGAUCGACUACAAAGAUUUUGUUGGAAUCACUAGGAGAUUUCAUUCGGUAUGCUCGAGUGAUUUUACCGUUAAAAGCGAAUGGCGUGAUUAUUUAUCUCGUCGAACACAUGCGGACCUACGCGAUCGACGUGAUGUUCGUGGAAAUGGUCAAGCAUAUUUUUCGCUUCUUUCGACUCUAUGCCAGAUAGCAGAAACUGCAGUUGAAAAUGCAAAUAAUCGAUUUCUUCAUAGCGCAUUUAUCAAUAUUCAAUUGAUGCCGAAAGCUGAUUUUCAAAACCAAAUUGAAAGCAUUUUCUCGCAAUUUCGAGGUAUAACUCUAGCGAAAUUCGCUCGAACUUUACAACUCACGCGUGAUGUUCUGAAUGGAAAUGCGUUUGUGUCUUCCCAUUCUCUCAAUUGGGAGUGGUGGAGAGAUUUAUCUCGUGAUUUCUACACCCUACCGGCACGACCGAUUGUGACUGAAAACGGAUGUUCUUGUGGAACACGAAGUGAUUGUACCCAGUCAGGAGGAGUUUACAAUGCGAUUGAUCAGUAUCAAGUGUUCGCAAUGCCUGGUUUGAAUAUCGGAUGUUCAGCUGUUGAAACACUAUUACGUUCGACAUUGGAAUGCUUAUAUGAACAGAAGUGUAUUGAUUCAUUAAUACGCCAUAUUGCAGCGAAUUCAGGUGGAAAUCCUCGAAUAAAUAUGUCAAGUAUCAAUUCUUCAAUGUCAAGUCGUUUUCAAAAGAAUACAAGUAUUAAAUAUAUUAUAGAUGAAUUAUUCAUCGAAGACUGGUACAUUAAUAGUUCUUAUUCGUCGUUUUACAAUCAAUGCGCACCGGUUACAUGCUCAUACAAGAUUCAAGUUGAUGAUUAUGUUAUUUAUACGACUUCGAAAAUUUUAGGUUUUUAUGGCGGAUUAACUAUUACUUUACGGUUUAGUAUUCCAAUUAUAGUUGGACUGAUUUUCCAGCUACGAGAUCGAGUCUUUGCUUAUUUUCAGAUUUCUGGAGGAGUUAUAAUACGACUUAACACCAAUCUAAAACUGGCAAUGACUCGGAACAAGAUAGGCGUUGUUCAUAUCCAGAUCAUCAAUUCAAACACUGCCCAAAUAUCCAAUAUUCAAAGAGUUGAACCAUACCCACAGAGUCGUAGAAGAAGAUCUUAUCGGGGUAUAUGGGUAACUAUAUUUGUGAUCAUGGGUGUACUAGGGAUGAUCGCGAUCACGCCUGUUUUCAUGAAGAAAUUAAAAAAUGCACGACUAGCAAUGUCAACCACAGUAGCAUCAACGAUUACAACGACAGAAGAGAAGACAACAUCAAAAAUAACGACAAAGGCAACAACGACACGAAGAAAAAUUAAAAUCAAUCGCAAAUGGAUGCAAAAUGGUAUUACUAUUGUUGGAGGAACGAAGCCAGGAAUAAAACUGUUCACUCCCAGAAAAGUAUACAUUGACGAUGAAGAUGAUCAGAUAAUUUAUAUUGUCGACAGACACAAUAAUUCCAUCGUCAAGUGGAAGCAAGACGUCAACGAAGGUGAAAUUAUUGCUGGUGGCAACGGAGCAGGAGAUAAUAUGAACCAAUUAAACCUACCGUCAGCUUUAAUUAUUGACAAAUAUACGGACUCGUAUAUAAUUUGUGAUUCGCGUAACAGACGUGUUGUGCGAUGGUUCAAACAAAACCAUGAUGAAGCACAUCAACAAAUAGUCCUAUCAGAAAUUGAUUGCUCCGAUUUAUCUGUAGAUAGUGAGGAAAACUUUUAUCUAGCAGAUUAUCAAAAUCUUGAGAUAAAACGAUGGAGAAAAGAAGAAGCACCAGCAACGGUUGUAGCUAGUGGAAAUGCGCUUGGAGAUCAAAGCAAUCAAGUGCGCCUUCUUUUGAACUUUUUUGUCGAUCGAAAUCAGUCAAUUUAUCUAGUAGAUGCAUACAAUCAUCGUGUAUUAAAAUGGGCGAAAGGCACCUCAGAAGCGACGGUCGUUGCUGGUGGACAUGGUGAAGGAGAUAGUCUCACACAAUUACGUACUCCUUCGGACAUAAUUGUCGAUCAACAGGGAAAUAUUUAUAUAGCUGAUCAAUGGAAUCAUCGAAUUAUGUGUUGGUUAAAGGGUUCGAAAGAAGGCAGCGUUAUCGUUGGUGGAAAGGGAGAAGGAAAUCAAUCCAAUCAAUUGAGUCGUCCGUUGAGUUUAUCAUUUGAUCAACAAGGAAAUCUCUAUGUUGCGGACUAUGCCAAUCGUCGAAUACAGAAAUUUGAUGUUAUUGAUUGA